AUGGUCCUAGAACAGCCUCAGUCCAGUGGAGUUUCGGCUCCUUGCACUGGACAACCAACUCUUGCCCUAACUGAACUCGACCUUGAACUUUUUGCUGAGGUUGAUUUUGCUCCGUUGGGCGAAACGCUCAAUGACCUUCUUACACAAAUAUUGGAAGUUCCACUUCUGAGCAAGGACCAAUACGGAGAUAAAAUCAUCCAGCUGGAAAUGACAACAGGGAAAAUACUUUGUUUUGCCAACAAGCUGGACCGAAAGCCCCAAGACAGACUUUACGAUAUUCUGGCAGAUCUGUUGCGGACCGUAUCUGAUAUUUUAGAGGAUCUUAUACAGGGUCUCAACAUUGAUAUUAGAGGAUUUUUCUACUUGAUGCUGGAUUUGCUGAAAACGCUUGGAUUGAACAUCAACACUAAAGUUACAUUGCAGCUGACAAAACUAUUAAGAACAGACAUCCGAGCAUUUUUCCACACUUGACUAUUGAAUAAAGCUGUCUUACU